CAGCUUAAUGUGAAGUGAAGUUGUUGAAUGGCAAAUGGCGAUUCUCGAGUGAAAAUAUAAAUUGAUUUCUACUGUAUGAAUUUGAUUCGAACAGAGUAUUUCUAUUCAUUUGAUUGUUUAAUUAUCCUAAAAGUGUUUUAAAUUUGACAAUUACAAUAAUAUGGUGAAUUGAUUGCUUGUGGUAAUCUGGACCACUAAUCUCCUCAAAGAUGGCGGAGGUGGAUCCAGAGACAUUGCUGGAAUGGCUGCUGACCGGUCAGGGCGAUGAGCGGGAUAUGCAGCUCAUUGCCUUGGAGCAGUUGUGCAUGUUGUUGCUUAUGUCUGAUAAUGUGGACCGUUGUUUUGAGAGCUGUCCUCCAAGAACAUUUUUACCAGCACUCUGUAAAAUAUUCCUUGAUGAAUGUGCUCCAGACAAUGUCUUGGAAGUUACAGCAAGAGCCAUCACUUACUACCUGGAUGUCUCUGCUGAAUGCACACGACGCAUUGUCGCAAUUGACGGUGCUGUGAAGGCCAUUUGCAGCAGGCUGCUUACAGUAGAUCCUAAUAAUCGCACUAGCAAAGAUUUAGCUGAGCAGUGUAUUAAAGUUUUGGAGUUAGUGUGCACUCGUGAGGCGGGUGCAGUGUGGGAAGGUGGCGGUCUGCCGGCUGUGCUGCACUUUAUUACACACUAUGGCACUGCAGUGCACAAAGACACACUUCACUCUGCUAUGGCCGUCGUCUCUAGGGUGUGCGGCAAGAUGGAGCCGGGCGACGCGCGCGUGGGCGACGCGGUGUCGUCGCUGUCGGCGCUGCUGCGGCACGGCGACGCGCGCGUGGCCGACGCCGCGCUGCGCUGCUUCGCGUCGCUCGCCGACCGCUUCGCGCGCGCGCACGCCGACCCGGCACCGCUCGCUGAACACGGGCUUAUCGAAGAAUUAGUGCGUCGUUUGGGAAGCACUGAAAGCGGCGACGAUAAGUGCUUAGCACCCUCUGUUUCUACAACAGUCAGCUUGCUGUCUACCCUGUGUCGAGGCUCUGCACAAAUAACUCACGAUUUAGUACGUCUCGAACUAUGCUCCGCUAUAGAGUCUGCAGUUCAAGCAGACGAACGAUGGUGCCUGGAGUGCAUGCGACUCGUUGAUCUAUUGCUGGUUUUAUUAUGCGAAGGCCGGCACGCCAUUCAGACUGGUUCGAACCGCGGUGGUGCAUCAGGCACCGGCGCGAGCGCAGCGGGCGGUGCGAGCGGGGAAGGCUCGAGCGGCGCCACCGGCGCGGGCGCGGGCGCGACCGGCGCCACGGGCCGCGGCGACAAGUCGCACCGGCAGCUCAUCGACUGCAUCCGCGGGAAAGACACGGACGCACUACUCGCUGCCGUUUCCAGCGGCGCCGUGGAUGUCAACUUUACGGAUGACGUCGGGCAGACGCUGCUCAACUGGGCGGCCGCUUUUGGAACGCGCGAGAUGGUCGAGUUUCUGUGCGAAAAAGGUGCUGACGUGAAUCGUGGACAGCGCAGCUCGUCGUUACAUUAUGCCGCGUGCUUUGGUCGCCCGGCGAUCGCAAAAGUACUUCUCCGAUAUGGCGCUAAUGCCGACCUCCGCGACGAGGAUGGCAAAACGCCACUCGACAAAGCUCGAGAAAGACAUGAUCAAGGUCAUAGAGAAGUGGCAGCUAUUCUGCAGUGCCCAGGAGAGUGGUUGGUUGUCGGCAGUCAUGACUCGCCUUCACCUUCCAACGAGGAAGAUUUCCCUGAGACAGGAGACAAAGAAAUGGCAUCAGUUUAUUUAGAGCGGCUGGUGCCUGUGUUCUGCGCUCGCUACCUGGGCGCGGGCGGCGGCGGCGUGCGGCGCGCCUGCCUGUCGCUGGUGCGCAAGAUGGUGCACUACGCGCCCGCUCGCCUGUUGCACCGCAUCUCCGUGCGCCGCGAGCCACAUACCGCCGCGCUAAUCACGCAGCUCGUGGCCGCCGUGCUCGACAACCAAGACGACGACGACGGCCACCUUAUCGUGCUGGGCAUCGCGGAGGAGCUGAUGGUGAAGGCGGCGGACGUGUACCUGGAGCAGUUCGCGCGGCUCGGCGUCUUCAGCAAGGUGGAGGCGCUGGCGGCCGCACCGGCUGCCACUCUCUCCUCGGACGGGGAGUCCCUUGUCGCCGCUGGGAGCAGCGAAGACGCGUCAUGCCUCUCCAGCGGCGUGGCAUACUCGUGGGGCGAGUGGUCGUUAUGCCGCGGGCGCGACGCGCUGUACGUGUGGAGCGACGCGGCCGCGCUGGAGCUCAGCACCGGCAGCAACGGCUGGUUCCGCUUCCUGCUCGACGGAAAGCUCGCCACUAUGUACUCCAGUGGCAGCCCUGAGCACCAGACUGACAACACCGAGAAUCGUGGAGAAUUUAUUGACAAGCUGCAAAGAGCAAGAGCUUCAGUUAAGAAUGUUGUGCCGCAGCCUAUACUUUCCAAGCCUGGUUCUACUAAAUUGAUACUUGGCAACUGGGCACUGUCCUGUAAAAAAGAAAAAGAACUACAAAUACACAAUACUGAUGGUCAACAGCAAACUACAAUUUUAAGAGAGGAUCUUCCUGGAUUUAUAUUCGAAUCAAAUAGAGGGACGAAGCACUCAUUCACUGCUGAAACAUUUUUAGGUCCAGAACUAGCCAGUGGCUGGGCUAACCGUCGUCCUGUGACUGCCGACCCCGCGAGCACGAGUCAAAAUCGAUCCCGCCUAUCUGCUAAAACAGAAGCGCUGAAAGCUCAGGUGUGCGAGCGAGCCCGCGCUUUGUACGCGAGGCACCUGGCCAGCGCCGCCACGCGUCAGCCGCGCCCGCCCGUGGCGCGCCUAAGAGCAUUACUAGCGCGCAUGCAGCGCCUCGCCACGCAGCCUACAAAGGACUGGCAGCAAGAGUUGGCGGAAUCAUUGGAACAGCUGACCGAGCUGUUGUGUGGUGACGAGCUCCUAUCUGCGUACGAGCUGCAGUCAUCAGGGUUGGCGCCAUCUUUGCUUCAAGUGCUUUCGCCUCAGCCGAACGACGUGGCAGGGCAGGCCAGCGAGCGCGAGCGCAUAGUCCGCGCGUGGGUGAGCGGGCAGGCGGGCGCGGGCGGCGUGCUGGCGGCGCGGCUGGUGGGCGUGCUGGAGAGCGUGGAGCGGCUGCCCGUGCUCGCGCCGCACGGCGACGCGCCGCCGCCCGCGCAGGGCACGCUGCACCACCUCACCAAGCGCAUCAGAUUGCGUGUUGAACGUGCAACUGACGACAGCGCUGACGAAUCUGCGUCCAAUAAUGGCAAUAACGCUGGCCGUAAUUUGAAAGUCGAGGCGUUGACUACUGUGCGACAGCUAGAGCGAUUCUUAGCCAAGUACUUCGCGCGGCAGUGGUAUGACAUGGAGAGAUCUACCUUCACUUUUGUGCAGAAGAUAAAAGCGGAAGCUCCAAUUUCUUUCGUGUAUGAUCACGAUUUUGACGAAAAUGGUGUCCUUUACUUCAUCGGCAGCAAUGGUGGCACUUGUGAAUGGGUCAACCCUGGAGCUCAUGGGCUCGUAAGCGUCUGGUCAUCUGAUGGUCGACAGUUGCCCUACGGACGCGCAGAAGACGUUCUGUCUAGGUCUCCGGAACCUCUGAACGUGCAUACAAAUGACGAUAAGCGUGCUUUUAUAGCAUUGGACCUUGGAUUGAAUAUCAUACCUUCGGCUUACACUUUGCGACACGCACGAGGCUACGGCCGCUCUGCGCUUAGGAAUUGGCUUUUCCAAAUGUCCAUGGACGGUGUCACGUGGAUAACUCUUCUUGCACACAAUGAUGAGCAAGCCCUUCAAGAACCUGGUAGUACCGCGACAUGGAGGCUUCGCGCUGACGCACCCUACAGAUAUUUGCGCAUUCAGCAAAAUGGCAAGAAUGCCAGUGGACAGAGUCAUUAUCUGUCGUUGUCUGGCUUUGAGAUAUACGGAAAGGUGGUGAGCGUAUGCGAGACGGCGCCGAAGCAGUGCGGCGCGGGCGCAGGCACGGCGAGCGUAGGCGGCUGCGGCGGCGGGGCGCGGGCUCGGCGCUGGUCGCGCGGCGCGCGGGGGCUCUGCGCGGGCGCGCGCGUGCUCCGCGGCCCCGACUGGAAGUGGCGCGACCAGGACGGCCCGCACCCCGCUAUGGGCACCGUCACCUCUGACUUGCACAAUGGAUGGGUUGAUGUCAGGUGGGAUCAUGGAGGCCGUAACUCAUACCGCAUGGGUGCUGAAGGAAAGUUCGAUCUGAAAGUUGUCAGUGGUGGCACGAGUAGCGGAGAAGGCGCGCGUCACAGUCGCAAAAGCCAUUCUACUCCAAGUCUUCCUGAUGCCACAGCUGUUGACCAACAGGUGUCUGUGGCGUCGACGGAACAAGCGUCAUCCGCGGACAACAUUUCGGGCGAAGAGAUGGCGAGCAACAUGACUCGGCCACGUAUGCACGCCACUGAUCUCUCUGCUAUCAAUAAUUCUACACACCAUAUCAACACUGAUCUAGCAACAAUAGUGGAGUCGCUAACCCUUGGAGCAGAAGGCAACAACUGUAUGUCGGAACUCGGCAAUACUUCGUUUACUAACAUGGAGAUGGGGCCGACCAGCAUCACAGACAUCACCAAACCGUAUCCUGCUAAAGAACCAGUCCCUGAAACUAAUGCGCAAGAGGAGAACGAGGCGCGCAACAGCGAGGGCGACGCCGUGCGCAACAGCGCCAACGCGCUGCUGUCCAGCGAGCUGCUGGCGCUGCCCGCUUCGUUGCUGCACACGCUGCGCAACAACGCCAACCGUCUGCACAUACAGUGUGAGGACAACGAGAGCGGCGAGAGGCAAUAUGGCGACCACAAGAAAGAUAGUCAGUCUAGCGCUGGCUCCGGUACUAUGAGUGCUAGUGAACCUGAUUUAACUCAACAGGGUGCUACUCGACUGUUAGAAUCGCUGGGCGUGGGACGAGGCUCGGGUGUUGGCCGCGGCAGAGAUCCGCAGCGUGCUUCUAGGCCUAACCACUCCACCAGCUUGUUUCCUAGUUUGGUACGACUGGCUUUGUCAAGCAACUUCCCCGGCGGGCUCCUGUCUGCUGCACAAAGCUAUCCUUCAUUGGCACCGAACGCCCAGAACGCUCUCACACUUUCUCUUACUUCCACAUCUAGUGAGAGUGAACAGGUAUCUUUAGAAGAUUUCCUUGAAUCGUGUCGCGCUCCAGCGCUCCUUACUGAGUUGGAAGACGACGACGAAGGUGACGACGCUCUUGAUAGUGACAAGGAGAAUGAACCUACUUAUCAAGAAGUCGUAUCCCGUAACCUACUAUCACUUAUGGAAGAGGAAGCGUUAGAGGCGGUCCGCGGCGGCGGCGGCGGGCACGGCUUGCGGCCGCGCCGGCCCUGGGACGAUGACUUCGUGCUCAAGAGGCAGUUCUCGGCGCUCAUACCUGCGUUCGACCCGAGGCCCGGCCGCACUAAUCUUAACCAGACUGUUGAUCUCGAUAUCCCUCUGAACGAGGAUUCUGACGCCGAAGAGGUUUCCGAGCCCGCCGCUGCCGCUACCAACGGCAAUGGAAAUGCAAUCGAAAGUGGAGCGACCGGUAGCGCAUCCCGUCUUCCCGCGUUGCGGCUGGUGCUAAGCGCUGGCGGCGCUUCCAUGCCGCUGGAGAGGCCUUCCUGGACGCUGUACCGCGCUGUGUUAGCGCUGAAUGCGCGGCUACCGGCCCAUGACACGCAUCGCGACACAACUUACACUCUAACUUACAAGGAGAUGGAAGGCAUGGAGACAUUCGCGUCAUCAAGUGACAGCGAAGAUGAUGAACCUUGCGAUCCUGAGCGUGGUGUAGCGGGCGUGGAGGGUGCGGAAGGCGCGAUGGCGACGUGUUGCGUGCGCGUGCUGCGGCGCCUGCGAGCCGCGGCGCCGGCGCUGCCGCCCGAGCCCUUCGUGUCCACCAAGCUCACCAACAAGCUGCAUCAGCAGCUUCAGGAACCGUUGACCCUGGCCGCCGCCGCUACGCCUCACUGGUGCCAGCAACUGAACGACUGGUGCCCAUUCCUGUUCCCGCUGGAGACGCGUCAGAUGUUCUUCGCGUGCACCGCUUUCGGCACCUCCCGCACCAUCGUGUGGCUCCAAGCGCAGCGUGAACGCGCACUCGACAGGCAAAGAGCGGGCAACACUGUUUCACCGCGACGCGCUGAGCUGGAAGCCACGGAGUUCCGCAUGGGCCGUUUGCGACACGAGCGCGUGCGCAUACCGCGCAACCCCGACUUACUGCGUUCAGCAAUGCAGGUGAUGAAAGUGCACGCGGGCCGCAAGUCGGUGCUGGAGGUUGAGUUCGCGGGCGAGGAAGGCACGGGGCUCGGUCCCACGCUGGAGUUCUACGCGCUCGUGGCGGCCGAGCUGCAGCGCGCCGAGCUCGGGCUGUGGCUGCACGACGCCUCGCCCGGCGACGACGCCGCGCCGCACCACCUGGCGCUGCCCGACGAAAAACCACCAGGUUAUUACGUGACGCGUGCCGGAGGUCUCUUCCCGGCACCGCUUCCUCAAGACUCUGCUAUCUGUGAUAAAGUUUGCAAAUAUUUCUGGUUCCUAGGAGUAUUUCUAGCAAAGGUCCUUCAAGAUGGACGGCUUGUAGAUUUGCCGCUGUCAGAACCUUUCCUACGAAUAAUGUGUGGAGAAGAAUUAACGACUGAACAUCUGGAAGAAGUUGAUCCGAUUAGAUAUAGGUUCCUGCAAAACGUGUUGGCCGCUGCCGAGGAGUACGAGGUGAUAUCGCGCGACGCGUCGCUCAGCGACUUGGAGAAGGCGGAGCGCGCGGCCGCGCUCACGGUAGAGGGAGCCACGUUCGAGCAGCUGGCACUCACCAUGACGCACGUGGCCGCGCACGCCGACCCCGCCGUCUCCGUGCAGCCGCUCUGCGACAGCGGCGAGCACAUCGAGGUGGGCGCGCACAACGCUCGCGCAUACGCCGAAGCCAGCGCGCGCUGGGUGGUGCGCGAGGGCGUGCGGCGGCAGACGGGCGCGUUCCGGCGCGGCUUCGGCGCCGUGUUCCCGCCGCGCCGCCUGCGCGCCUUCUCGCCGCCCGAGCUGCGCCUGCUGGUCUGCGGCGAGCGCGGGCCCGUGUGGACGCGCGACCACCUGCUGCAGUACACCGAGCCCAAGCUGGGCUACACGCGCGACAGCCCGGGCUUCCUGCGCCUGGUGGACGUGCUGGUGGAGAUGUCGGUGCGCGAGCGCAAGGCGUUCCUGCAGUUCGCGACGGGCUGCAGCAGCCUGCCGCCCGGCGGGCUCGCCAACCUGCACCCGCGCCUCACCGUCGUGCGGAAGGUUGACGCCGGAGAUGGGUCUUACCCCUCAGUCAACACGUGCGUGCAUUACUUGAAGCUGCCCGAAUACUCCUGCAAGGAGGUGCUUCGCGAAAGGCUGCUGGCUGCGACCAACGAGCGUGGCUUCCAUCUUAACUAGAUACUAGCUGAUAUAAUCUAGCUACAUCAUUAUAAUCUAGCGUUGGUGAUAAUUCUUUAGUAUUCGCACGUAAAAAUGUUAUUUGACAUGAGGCUGCAUAAUGCCACUGUCAUACAUAGUGUUGAAAUUUUUUUGUUCGGAUACAAUACUGCACGUUUUGAGCUAAUAUUUUGAAACUGCUAUUACAAAAGUGACAAAAAUAGACUGAGAUGUAUCGGUACAAUUGGUGACAGGUUGAUAAAAAUAUUUUGUCAUUUAACUAACUUUGAAAACUAUACUGGAAUAUAACCAUAGAUGUAGUAAGUAAAAAGACACUUAUGUGAAGAGCUUGCUGCGAUGAUUGUUAAGAUAUUAAUAUGUUUUAUGUAUGUAUUUGUAAUUCUGAAUCUGGAAAUCUAAUCUCUAUUCAGGAAGGUUGGUAAAGAGGCUUGUAUUAUUUUGGUUACAGAAAGUUCGCUUUCUAUUAGAUCUCUGUGAAGUGUGAUUAUUUCGUGUAAUAAUAUUUUUCAAAUUAUAAUGUUGUUUUGUCCAAUUUCAAAUUAUAUUGUAAAUUAAAUGAUACUAAAUUCAAAUUUUUAUCUCCGUUUCUGGCUUAGAAAUUAAAAAUCUUGCAGCUUUUCUGAAGCUCUUAACUGCGCUCUGACGCGUUAGCGUAAGUAGAAGAUAAGGAUUUAUUCUUCCAUAACUAUCGUAUUUUUAAAUUCAAAAUCCAGAGACAAUAUUAAUAAAACUUGAGAUAAAAUUAUGAAUUGUUUUGUUAAACAACUACUUAGUUUAAAUAUAUUUUAACUUAUCAAGGAAAAGCAAAGAUCAUCGUCUGAUAGACAUCAAUAACGGAAUGAAGUGAAUGCUUACAAAAAUAAAAUUACAUGAAGAUGUUAACAA